UUUCAGAGAGAAUCAAGGAGAUGUUUUUUGUACUGUUAGCGAGUCUUGCAUGCUUAUCGGUUACGCAUCCAUCGCCAAGGAAUCAGACACAACAUCAGCUGCCAAAGAUACCGUUUUUGAAAGAGGUGGAUUCUACGGGAAAGCAAGAGUUUCAAAUGAUUUUUGCUGACAAGGACGUGACUCGACCACAAUUUGACGAAAAAUUGUUUAAUUGGGCUGAAAAAUUCAAUGUUACGGAAUCAGUGAAAAAGUUCAAGGCAAAGAUGGAAAAGGACAAAAACGCUGCUGAGGAAGAACUCCAGGAGGCUUUGACAAGGCUAAGCCAAUUUUUCAGAGAAAAUAAAGAAAUUGCUGAUGAUAACAACAUCACCUGGGCCCAGGCUGACUACGAUAGAGAACAGCUUUUACUAAAUUUGACUGUCAAGCAGCAACAAGCCGCAUUUAUGCUCAGGAGAAUACCCGAACGUUACGUAUCCGUACCAGGGACAUGA